UUACGGUUCCUGUUUGGCGACCCUUCGCCAUAUGUCUGAUAUUAUUUAGCAGAACUAAAAUUUGGGUUAAAACCCAUUUAUUCAUCCGUUUUCCUCUUUUGGAAAGCGGUUAACGCCUUGUGGGGCGCAACACUUCCCACGCCAAGGAAAAUCGGCGCUUUUCAAGGGGCGAGGUCCCGCUUUUUGGGCACUUAUUUUUUUGUGUUAGCACACAGCUUUUUUUACCGAGACAUUUAGCUUGUGUCUCUGUUUUUCUCUCGGUUUGUUUGUGGUCAAGAUGUCGCCGUAAUGGGGUCUCCGCGUUUGACAGAAAUGAAUAAGGGCCUUCGCCGCCUGACCUGCAUUCGCAACAGCCCGUUGUUCUCCCCGUUUACCCCGUUUCACGCUAGAGAGCUCGAAGGCUGUUUCCCCGGAGUUAGGCCUCAAUAUGGAGAAAAACCCAAACGCCAACAACAGCAGCAGCACGAAGAUCCCGCCCCGUUCCAGCUCUACAGGCCCGACUCCUACAGAUUCUAAAGCCAAAACAGAUGGUAAGAAUAAUGGGGGCUCAAAGCGCUAUAGCCGCAAGCGUGAGCCCACUUUUGCCAAGGCCGAGAGCUUUCCGGGCCCACGCCGCUCCCAGCCACAUAAAAGCAAGAAUUUUGACAAGAGACCCCCUCAGAGAGGUGGCGGAGGGGGGAGACUGUAUGGACUCGCUGGUGGUGGGAGAAGAGAAGAGGUAGCAGAGAACCGCCGGGCAGAGUUUAGCCCGGCUCAGUUUGCUGGACCCAAAAAGAUAAGUCUGAACCACCUGCUCAACUUCACGUUUGAGCCACGAGGAGGUCAUUUUGGCUCCGGAGGUGAUGGCCACUCCUGCUGGGGUCGCCGCAACAAGUGGGGUCACAAACACAAGCCCUUCAACAAGGAGCUUUUCCUGCAGGCUAAUUGCCAGUUUGUUGUAAUUGAUGAUCAGGACUAUCAAGCCCACUUCACUGAUCCGGACACUUUGGUGGACUGGGACUGUGUGCAACAAGUGCGCAUCUGCAGUCACGAGGUGCCGUCUUGUCCGAUCUGCCUGUAUCCCCCUGUGGCGGCCCACAUCACGCGCUGCGGCCACAUCUACUGUUGGCCAUGCAUGCUGCACUACCUCUCUCUGAGCGAGAAGAGUUGGUCCAAGUGCCCCAUUUGCUAUGAGGCUGUGCACAGCGCUGAUCUCAAGAGUGUGGUUGCCAUGGAGACGCAUCAAUACGUGACCGGUAACGUCAUCACUAUGCGUCUAAUGCGGAGAGAGAAAGGAUCGCUUGUGGCUCUUCCCAGCUGUCAGUGGGUGAAGGUGGAAGAGCCCAUUCAUUUUGGAGAUGUGCAUUUGCGCGCAUACUCCAAGCUGCUGCUGGCGUCUCAGGAGCAGGUUUUGGGUUUGCUGGCUGAAGAGCGGGUGGCUCUCCAAACCCAGCUCAGCCAAGAGAAAGACGACCCACAGGCCUGUUUCAUACAGAGCGCCUUACUGCAGCUGCAGGAGCGAGAGGAGGGUCUUUUGAAGGGAGGCUGUAAAAAUGGUGGUUUUGUUGAUGGGGCAGACAUGAGGAAACUGUCUCUAUCUGUGCACUCCUCUCCAGAGGUGGUCAAGAACCUCCCAAACUCAAAGCCCAUCCUGCAGUAUGCUUCAGCGUUUGAUGAUGAGCUUCAGGAGGCUCAUGAGGCGCCCGUGGAAGAGAUAGCUGUUCAGAGUGUUCCUGAGGUGGCCAAAGAGAUGCCUGAAAGAGCUGUGGAGGACAAACCUGUAGAAGAGACGCCUCAGACCAGCCAGGCCGCUCAUCAUGGCCCAUAUUACUACUUCUAUCAAGGUUUUUUUCUAUUUCUGGCAGAUGACUUGGAGAAACGGAAGCGCCUGAGGCAGAAGAAAGCGAGGGAUGAAAAGAGAAGGGAGAAGAGGAUUGAAAUUGAGGAAAACAGGAAACAUGGCAAAUAUCCAGAGGUGCACAUUGGGCUUGAGAACCUCCAGCAUUUUCCUGCUUUUGGAUCGCCUUCUCAGAGCGGCUCACAGGUGCAGCUCCCAGAGCUCCUGCUGGGCCCCCCGUCUCCUCUAAGCAGCAGCCCUUCAUCAGAUGGAGUGAUGUUUCCUAAUCUGAGUGAGCACAGUCCGUCUCUGAGCAUAGCCAGUGUGGAAGAGGAUUCUCACUGCAUGUCCUUCGCUCAGAUGCUGAAAGAUGGGAAAGCCCGUGUGGAUGCCGGGCCUAAAACUACCCCAAAGAAAGGUGAAGACAUGUUCCUGGCCCCUCCUCUGGCAGACAGUGAUGGAGAGAGUGACGGCUCUGAUCGGGUCCCAGUACCCAGUUUCCAAAACUCGUUCAGUCAGGCUUUUGAGCAGGCUUUGUCCCAGCUGGACCAUGGAAAUCAAACUCCAGCACAGGCUUUACCCAUCCCUGGUGAGAAAAAAAAAAGAUUCUUAUUUUAAUUCACCCAAAAAUGCAAAUUGUUAUCAUUUACUCACCCACAGGUUGUUCCAAACCUGUAUGAAUUUCUAUCUUCUGUUGAAUACGAAAGAUAUCUUGAGGAAUAUA